AUGAAAGUUUGGUCAAGUCAGGAAUCUUCACUUCUUGCUUGGUGCCCAGCUAGAGAACAGUCUCGUCUUUUUGCACAAGCUGUUCCAGCUGGUUCAAGCAUAAACCCAGUUUUAAGUUUAAAGAAAUUUAAUUUCCUUUCUCUUAAUCCAAGUGUUGAGACCGUUAGCAACUACACUGCUACAUCUCCAUUUACAGCAAUUGAUUGGGCUAGUCGUCCUAAUCUAGAAAUGGGUUAUAUUGCUGCAGGUCACCAAAAUGGCGCAAUUUCUCUCUACAAUCCAGUUUUAGAUCAACAAAAGCCAAUUGGACAAAUCACAGCUAACAACUCAGUCAUCACAAACAUCAAAAUCAACCCGAAUCAACCAGCUGCUCUUUUAUCUACAACUGCUGACAAUUCUGUUAACGUUUGGGAUGUUUCAGACUUCACAAACGCCAAGAAGAUUGAUGUAAACAUGACGCGUGGCAACAGCGGCGACAUUACAGGCGCUUGCUGGCAUCAAAAUAAGAAUUGUUUCUCCAUCUUUGCAGUUUGCGAUUCUACCGGUUUAUCUACAAUUUGGGAUAUCCGUGUUGGCCGUUCCACACAUACAUUCGCUGAUUCUCAGUUCAAAUUCCCAUUAUCUGAUAUUAUCUUUUCUCCAACAAAUAUGGCCCAACUCGCAACCGCCAGCAGUGAUCAGCGUAACAGUGUUGUCCUUAUUUGGGAUCUUCGUUCUCUUGGAGCCCCAUUAAAGAGAUUACACGGCCACAGCAACGGCGUUUCCAAAUUAGAGUGGCCAGCCGCUGAUGAUCGUAUCCUUCUCUCAGCCGGCCGCGACGGCAAAGUCAUUGCUUGGGAUGUCGAAUCAUCCGGACCAUUAGCAACAGUUUUCGAGCCAAAUACCUCAUUUACACAAGUCAAAUGGUCACCUUACAUACAUGGCUCCGUCCUUGCCUCUACAUCUAACUCUACUCAUCUAUUUUCUUUCGCAGAUCCAUCAAUCGGCGCACAGACAAUUCUUAAACAACCACACUUCCACUACAACAGAUCCGGUGUCGAUGUUGCCUUCGACGGCCGUGUCUUCCAAUACUCGGAUGACAAAGUUUCUUCAUUCCUUCACCAAGAACCAAUUACAGAGAUCAACGACUUCGUAGAAUUCGUUGAAGCCCUCGAGCAGAAGGACAUGAAAGGCUUUGCAGCCCGUAAAGCCGAAGCAUCUCAAUCUAAUCCAUCCGAAAACAACAUUUGGAAGAUCAUCCAGAAGUCGAUGGACUCAGAUACCUUCAAAGAUGCAAUCCUCGCUGAUCUCGGCAUCAACAAAGAGGACUUUGUCGCUAAGAUUAAACAAUCCGAACCGGCCAAACAAGCUGAGAAGCCAAAGUCACCGAAAAAAGAAGCCCCAGCCCCAACAGCAUCCUCAUUAUUCGGCAAUUUCACAUCACAGGAUGACGGACUCUUCUCAGGAACUAAUUCUCAAGAAGAUCUCUUCUCCCAAUCAACAGAAGGCGGAUUGUUUGGUGCUCCUCCAAGCUCAACAAAGACAGGCGAUGAGUUAUUCGGCGGAGCAGAGUUCUUUACUCCGUUCAGAGUACUUCCGAAACAAAAAGACGAUGAAACCGGUAGAGUUAUCGCUCAGGCGGUUAUUUCCAGUAACUUAGAAGCGGCCGUAGACUGUGCAUUUGCCGCAGGAAGGUACGCCGAUGCAAUGUUGGUCGCAUCUGCCGGACCAAAGGAAUUAUUUGACAACACGAUCCAGAGAUACAUCAAACAGACAUCGUCACCAUUGACAAGGAUCGUUUCCCACAUCAUUGGCCAUAAUCUUGACAAUUUCGUCAGAUAUGCCAAAGCAAAGGACUGGCGCGAGAUUUUCGCUGCUCUUUGUUCCUUCGCUGAGGGAGAUUUCGAAGAGCUCUGCGGAAUGCUUGGAAACAGAAUUGUUGCUGAACUCAACGAUUAUAACUCCGCAUUAGUUAUUUUUGUUGCGGCCAAGAACUACGAGAUGGUCCAGAGAUGCUUAUUCAAGAUCUACGAGCAGAACUCUCCAAACGAGGCCAACUCCGCAUCAACAGUUUUAAUUGUCCUGGAAAAACUCUGCGCAAUGGCCGGCGACAAGGCACCAUCAGUCAUUGCACCUCUUGCUCAGUCAUUCCUUCAGCACAUUGUCCAGUCCGGACACAAGGAAGAGGCAAUCAGAUUCCUAUCCGCACUUCCAAAGGACAAAAUCCUUUCAGACCUCAAAUCCGCCAUUGUCGGAGAGCAGUCAUCAUACCAGCAGCAGCCACAGCAACAGCGCAACGUUAAUUCCCAACAGAUCCCAAGACAUGGAACGUUUAUUCCACAACAGAACACUUAUUCCAAUCCUCCAUCAGUUGUUUCUGUCCAGCCGCAGCAGCAAGUAUCAGCUCCAGCAGCAUCUCCUUCAGUAUUUAUUCCAACAGCCACUCCACAGCCCACUGUCAAUGCUCCACCACCAGCAGCCGCUCCAUCUGUUGUUGUUCCAGCUCCUUCCGCUCAGAAACCAGUUUACUUCCCUACAUCAGUAGCAAAUUCAGUUCCUUCACCACAACCAAGAGGACCAGGCGUAUACUACCCAUCAGCCGCAGGAGCGACUGUUCCACCAAGACCAGCUGCAAUUCCUCACGAGCCAUCUGCUGUUCCUCCACCAAAUUCAAACGAUCCAAGACAACUUGGCCGGCCAACUAACUAUGUUCCACCUCCACCACCAACAGUAGAGCAAGUUAAGAGCCACCAGCAACAGUUUAUUCCUGUUGCAAAUCCAGUACCUGAAUCAGCACCACAAUCAGCUGUUUUCACUCCAGUUUCAACACCACAAACAGCUCCAGCAGCACCUGUUUUGUACGGAGCAGCAACACCACAGAUUGCAGCACCUCCUCCAACAUCCAAACCGGAAAUCCGCGCUCCACCGUCAAUCUCCGUCGUCCCUCCAUGCGUCCCUCAGCCAGCACAGCCUCCGUCAUAUCCAAUGGGUACUGCUGCACCUGUAAUGAUGGGCGCGCAGCAACCAGUUGCAGCCGCUCCACCACCAGCCGCACAGCCAACAAUCAUCACACCUCCUCCAGCAGCUGCAGCAGCGUACAGACCACAGGUAGCCGUUGCACAGCCAAUGCCUGUUCCGCAGCAGCAGAUGCAGCCAGAGCCAGUUGUGAGGAAGAGUCCGGAAGCAACAAUCGAUGAAGUUCCUGAUGACUCAAAGGCUCUUGCAAAUGGAUUCGUCCACUUCAUACAACUCGCGGAGUCAAGGCCAGAGAAGUCAGGACAAGUUAAGAAGGCCAUCAGCGAUUCAAAGGCUAAACUUGGAUUUGUUUUUGCAGUAUUCAGAGAUGGAGAUGUUCCUCAGGAGUUGAAGGACCAACUUGGCUCUUUCUUCGAAGCCCUGCAAAAGGGAGAUUUGGACGAGGCAGACAGAGUUAGAAAGAAUGCUGUUGUCAAGUUCAUGGGCAAGUGCAGAAAUCUCGUCUUAAGUAUGGGAUACAUCAAGAAUGCUCUAACAUAA